GCGGUUGCUGCCCAUGCUGGGAGCUGAAGCAUGGCGUUGGUGUUAUGAGGUGGUCCUGAAGAAUGAGGCAUCGAUGGAGAAGACUACGGAGUUGGCAGCAGACAUUGCUCUCCGUGAAGCAAGAGAAGAACAGCGAUUGAACCUCAUGACAGCGAAAAAAGCAGCAUCGGUGACCACGGAGCUCCUGGCGCUGCGAGGAACUGGAGGUUCGGCCAAGUCACGCCGCAAGUUCGCUUCGAAAGCUAUGGCGCUGGUAUCCGACAGCCAGAAGAUGCAGGCGAGUGGUCUUCGCUUUGAGGAUGCAAACCAAGAUGACGAAGGUGAGGAGUCGGAAGACAAUGAGGCUGGGCGAAUGGCGCAGCGGGGCCGCUUGAACCCUGUGGAGGUUCCCCGCAAGAAGCGCUUGAGGAUUGCUGCUGCAGUUGCUGCUGCUCCUGCAGCUGUGGUCUGCACAUCCGUGGAGGCUGUGUACAUGGUACCGGCGGGGCGAGAGCGUGCAGUAGUGACGUUGACAGCUGCAGUGAUAGAUGUCGGGUUUCUGAAGACUUUGAAUGGGUCCAAAAAAGGGAAUGUGCGACAUGUGAUUCCAAUGAUUUUGGCUUCGCCUGGAAUGGCCAUUUCUACGUCUUUGUGGAGCCCAGUGGCAGAGAAAUGUGCCGAGCCCCUGCAGAAAGCGAUGGAGCAAGCAGACUUCCCAUAUGUGGAGGUCAGCCACCUGGAGCGUGUCGAGGUGCCAUCAAUUUGUGGCAGGGUCUUCAAACUGCAGAGCACGAAGGCCACUACUGUGAAGAUCCUGUACCAUGGUCCCCUUGUCAUGAAACCAGUGCGUGAUUUGAUGACCGCAGCCUUCAAAGAUUUGAGUGAAGAGGGGUUGACGGCCAACAUAUUGGGAGUGGUACGAUCAGCAGGUGAUUUGCGCACCACUCGGAAUGGCAUUGGGAUGCGUUCCUAUGAGCUGCAAGAUGAAGCGGGCGGUGUGCUUCCGGUGACCGUCCAUGGCUCGCAAGCAGACGAUCUCUAUUGCUCGAAAUAUACGCUGCUCGCCAUCUUCUCUGUGGUCACCCAGGCUAGCCUGACUCCAGGCCAGGGGAGGCUGAAGCUACGUCCAUUCGGGGCAGAGUACUUCAUGCAGUGCGGCGCAUGUCGGCUCCUUCUGGUUCCAGCGGCCCAAGCGGGAAGAGCGGCCGGAGCGGCCGGUCUAGGCCCAGUGGCCGCAGUGGCCGCAGUGGCCGGUCAGGAUGCAGUGGCCCUAGUGGCCCAAGCGGUACAUCAGGGGCGGCAAGGAAGCAGGCAGAGCGGCAGGAAGCAAGAGUGCAUUGAGUCUUUAAGUCCGGCGGCGAAGAGACUAAGAGCUGAAGCUGCUUUUGUGUCGCACAAACGCUGUGAAGUGAAUUACGACCUGGAUUUGGGGUCUCUUGAAGCCACUGGUCGCCCCUUGUGGGAGAAACUGGCCCUGCACUGGAUGCAACGAUUGAUAUUUAACGGCGACGGCGUCUACCAAACCUUCGUAAGCGGAUAUGCAGCGAUGACUGGCCAAGAUCGCCGCAGUCGCGGCAAGAGCGGUUCUUUUGUCCAAGCCGUGGAAGCGGGCAAAGCGCUGGUAUCCCUGGUGAAUGCAGGCAAAUUCCAGGUUGCGGCUGCAGAGCUCUCGCAAUGCGAGACGGAGAAGGCCGUGUACAAGCUUUUGAAGAAGCAUUUGCGGGUGCAUGCUUCGUUUCUACAGUACUUGUUGUACCGCGACCUUCAG